AUGACCAGGGGUGCUUGGAUGCGUCGGCAGCAUGAUGAGGGCUUAAAAUACUGGUUUGCACCCCGAGAGAACGAGAAGCCAUUUACCGAGUCGGAGCGGGCCCAGAGAUGGCGACUGUCGCUGGCCUCUCUGCUCUUCAUCACCGUCCUGCUCUCUGAUCACUUGUGGUUCUGUGCUGAGGCAAAACUGACGCGAACCCGAGACAAGCGGUCGGACGAGGGGCUUGCAAUUACGGACAUGGGCGAGUACCCAAACUCCCUUCACCGACACUAUAUCCCAACAUCACCUGACCCCGACCGUCUCGCCAGAGCGCAAGAUGUUAUUUUUCUAGGGAAUUCUACCAAACCUCUGUGGCGAAUGGACACCUGUCAUCCAGACAGCUGGUCCAAAGAGUGCUUUACUUUCACGGACGCGGAGACCGUGUGCCUGGGCCUCUCCGUUGGAGGGGAAAAGGGGACACAGUUGUCGAACGUGAAUCUGAGCGAUUUGUACCUUUCUUUUUGUAAUUCCUACUCACUUUUGGAUUUGUUUCACGGGUUUACGAGUCCGGACGAUUUAAAUUGCUCCUUGGAUAUGGGGCAGGAUGUGCUGGGAUGCAGCAAGUGUGUCCGGGCUUAUCAGCUUCUUGACCAGCAAGCAGAGGAGAACUACCGGGAGUUUGAACUGCUGGUUCAGAAAUAUGAGACGGAUGCAUACUCAGUCAGGACGUGCAUGGAGGAAUGCAAGAUGGUUUAUAAGCCCUGGCUGUGUUCUCAGUACUUCCAGACCACCCAGAUGCACUGCAGUAAGCCAAUCCCCUGUGGUCAGUACUGCCUGGAGGUGCAGCAGCGGUGCCCUUUCGUCCUGCCUGACAAUGAUGAUCUCAUUCAUGGAGGCAGCCCAAGUUUUAUAUGCACAGGGCUGCUGGAGGACUACCCAUCAGGUGUUGACCCGAAUGCAAAGUGCUGCGAUGUGCGGUGGGACUUGAAAGUGGACAACCGUUCCCGGGGGACACUGAAAAGAACUCACCCGCCAUGCCAGCACCGAACCUCCCUCAGCUCAUCGGCAGCCUGCAGACUGUGUAACAGCCGGCUCAAACUCUGCCUGUUGGUCCUUGUCCUCCUACACACUGUUGCCAGCCUCACUGCAUCCCACAAUGCAACAGGACUGGGCCUCCCCACCAUCACGCCUCUGGAGGAGAGCCCUGCCAAUGAGGAGUGAUAGAGCUGCCAGAACGAGGUGAGGUUGUUGGGGUGGGGGAAUCCCUCACCAUGGCAACCAAUGUGGAAAAAUACAGCCACAGUGGUACGAUUGGCUGGAGCUGUAUGCCUGUGGACACUCUGCAACACUUUCUGGCAAAUGGAAAAUGAGGGACGCUUGGAGACGAAAGACACACAAAUCAAUCAACAAACAAAUAAGAAAACAAACAGACAUACUAAGGGACCCCAACAGUCCCUUAGGUAGAAAGGGGACAAUGCCACAGCCUUUGUUGAGUGGGAAGGUCGGCUUCCCCAUGGCUGAGUUUCUCUCACUACGCUUUUUUACACUGUGUUCCAAUUAUUGGUUUCUGUUGCACUGGCUGACUAAGGGAUAACACAAUCAUAUUCUCUUUCUAAUGUUCAUCCUUUUGAGUUUUUUUCUGGUUCUCUCAUACAGGAAGAAAAUGUGUUCUCUAAAUAAGACCGAUAAUACGUUAAAUUAAUAAUUAGCUGCAAGUUUAUUUGCGAUUGAUAUGCGUUUCUAAAUGAACUGUGUGUGUGCGAGUGUGCAUGGGUGUGCUUGUAUGUCUGUGUGUGCACGACAGGAUGAGUGCGUGUCACUGAAAAGUAUCAUAAAUGGCGAGUUAAAAGGCUGAUGCAGCAAAAAUGUCCCCCCCAACCCUCUUUCACAUGUCACUUAGCUCUGCUGUGCUGUUGUGUUGGCUACAAUCACUGGGAAACUGGGAUUCAUAUGUGCUUCUGAUGUCUGAACUAAGGUUUACAGUUUUCCUACAUUAUAUAUAGUGAGCUAACCUAUUCCCACCUUUUUAAAAUAUAAAAACAGAGAAUCAGUGAAAAGCUAACCCUUGGCUGAACUGUGCAACACAUCAGACCCAAGCAGGAUGCAUUCCUUCACCAUCACAAACAACAUCUGAAUAUCAGUCUUUAUGCUAAAUAAAUUAAUCUUGCUAAAUUGAUAUCUUAUAAUAUAUACUAAGUAUGUGUCAUCUGACCUCUUGUGGACUAAUAUAAGGAAUGUGUUGACAGAUCUCAGCAGUAACUUUGUUCUGUAAAACGUUAUCAUUAUCAAUAAAACUGACAGCCAAAACUAUAAAAAGUUGCAUGCAAGACGUAUUAAACCAGAAUGAUCAUUAAAGUUUAAGGCCAACACUGCGACAAGGCUGAGCCAAAUAAACACAAUCUGAAUAAAAUAUUGCUUCAAAUAAAAAAUGAUAUAUAUAUAUAAUGUCAACAAAUAUGAAUAUGAAGAUCUCAGGUUGCAUUCUUCUGUUUUUUGACCUGUUUAAUGCUUUUAUUAAACACAACGUCAAAGUUAGGAGGGAAUCUUAACAUUGGUUUUGGUAAUUGUUGUUUAAUUUCAUUUUAUUAAUCCUAGAUGAUGAAAUGUAAAUCAGCCACUUGUUAUCAACCGUGUUUAAUCACAGGACAGGAAGCUUAUAAAAUAAAAUAAAACACAAAUAGGAACAUAUUUAUUUCAUAUAGUAAAACAUGAAACUCUUUAAAGCUUGUUUUAACCAAAGCUCUUAUUUUAGGCAUUUUACGAAAACCCCAUUCAGAUUGUGGUCACACAACACAGCUCAGCAAAGUUCACUGACAUAAAAAAACAUUACACUCGAUCAAUAAAUAUAUUACCCUGUUGUUCUUGACACAAACGCUUGUGCUAUUUUAGAUUUGAAAAAGGUACUAUGCAGUCAAAAUAGUUAUUCACAACAUUGAAUAAUUACUAAACUUUCUUCUGCCUGCUGUAACCAGCAGUUAAAGCAGAAAUACGUUGUUCCUGUUAUCACUGCUUUGCCCUCAAACCAAUUCUGAUGUCAAUAUUGGUGGUUUCAUUUAAUCCUCAGGCCUUUUCAUUCACAGGAAUCAUACUGACUGGAUGUUGCCUUUAAGUUCUAUAAUGGUUAAUUGGAACUCCCAUGCAGACAGGAUGAAAAUUAGAUGUCUCCCUGGGAAAGGUAGCAUGCUUCUUGCAGUUACUUGAAGGAAAAUCCCAGCCAUAAUACAGUAGGUACAUAUCACCAACACACGGACAACUGCUUCGACUGUUGAAUCUUAAUGUGUAAUGGCUGUUAACAAACUGCAGGUGGAGGCUCUCUGCAAGGGUAUGGCAGCCUCUUUUGUUGAUUGUUCUCAGCCCCACUCCGAACUCCACAUCUCAUCCACAAUCAGCCCCUGUCGCAUGCCCACUGCCACAUACUUUCUCCUAAAACAUCAAGCUAAUGUCUCAUUAAGUAAAGGGCUUAUUAAGAUAAACAGUACAAAACAUUAUAAUCAACACAGUCGGACACACUUGACAACAUUCACAUUCAGAUGGUGACAGAGCGUGAAAAAAUGCUCAUCAUUUCCUGUUUCUCUUAAACUUGUGCACUGGCUGUUGCUGCAGAGAGAAAAAACCCAUAGAGAGGAGUGUGUUUGUUUAAGCACUAAUGGAAUAACUGGAUAAUAGUAAAAACUCAUGUUUAUUUUAUAAAUGUUGACCAGUGUGUGAACAGAAAGGAAUGGUGUGACUUUAAGGGCUGACUUCUUUUUAGUUUCAAGAUUGUUUUUCCUUUGAUAAACAAGGCUAUGAGAUCAGGUAAUCAAAGAUAACAUAUGUUGUUUAAUGCAUUUUACCCUCUUAAGUAAAUUGAGAUGUUCAAUCUGAUGUCAAGAACUUUAUUAUACAGCUUAUAUGAGGAUUUAAAAUUCAUCUUUAUUCACAACAUGUCUGAAUAACCACUAUAUUGGAUUAUUUGACGCUGUACUUUCUUUUGUGUUUGGACCCUGCCCCACUCUUGACAUUACCACUCCAGCUUGCAUUAAAAACCUAACAACUCAUUGUCAUUCAGCUCAGCACACCCAUGCCCAUCUCAGACGGCCGCAGUCAGUGAUAGAAAAAUGCUGCUACUCUAUUGGUCACCAGUAGAUAGACAUAUCUUUUAUUAUAUUAUAUUGCUACCGCUGCUGAAGACCUCUCACACAAGGACUGUCAUACACACAGGAGUCAGGAAGGCUGAGCUCUGGUGGAAAAGGUGAUGGGUCCGUGUGUGUGUGUGUCCGCGUGCGUGCAUGUGUGUGUGUGUGUGUGUGUGUGUGUGUGUGUGUGUGUGUGUGUGUGUGUGUGUGUGUGUGUGUGUGUGUGUGUGUGUGUGUGUGUGUGUGUGUGAGUGUGCGUGUCUAUCUGCGUGCUUGUGCACGAGUGUGUGUGUGUGUGUGUUAAUGUCUGUUGCUAAUCACUCUGUAAUCUUUGGAGCGCUCAUUAGCUCUGCUAUGACCUUGGGGCCUUAGGGACAGGUGUGGCAAACCACCACUGUCUUUACAGGCACCUGCUGCAUUAGUCAACUCAUUAUUCACUGCAGCCUUUAAACUGUCUGGACUUUAAUAUAAAUCAUUGUAAUGUACAAUAUGAAAUAACUGUGUUAGCGCCUGACCCAAAUCUGACUGAGAUAGGGGUGUAUGUAUUUGUUUCCUUUCACUUGCCCUUCAGAAUAUAUCCCAAUGCCCUUGUCUGAAAUUAGAUGGUGCAAUGACCUGAAACUGGUGCCAAAGCCUACCUUAUAUCAAGUAAAAUAAACCAAAUUUAGAUCUGAUAUGACACUAGGAUUUUCAUGAUCAAACUUAAUGGACAACAGGAGGACAAAUAGGAUCUGUCAGUGUUAGAAAAAUGUGCCAUGUUAGCAAUAACCAGAUUGCAUUUCAUAAGCCUCAACAACACUCACCACGGUAAGGGAUCUAUUCAUGUGAUCUCAUUCUGCCUAUCAUGUCAGCAGUUCAUCCUGUGAUGCAACAGCCAUCACAAACCAAAUGCUGGACAUGUAUUCAUACAAUAAAUCACUUCUGCUUUACAUGCAGGAACCAUCCUGGCUGUGGUUGCGUGGGUGUGAAUGCUGUGUUGUCUUUCAUGCCGCUUCACGCCAAGGAGUGCAAUGUUUCUUCCAGACAAUAAAAUUAGGUUUGACUGAUGUAAAUCUCUGAUGACUUUCGUUGGUAAUGCAGGCAUGCACGCAACAGUUACUCUGCUGUGUUAAUUUAAUUUCUAGUGUGUUUUCACUUUUUACUGCACUAUUCUGAGAAGAAACUGUGUAGGGUCCUAUCGAUUCAAUCUACUGUAGAUCCCUGACAGUGGUCUGUAGCAGUCGUAGGGUAUGGUCUGUCAUUUCACAAAACUACAACAACUAAAUUUGUGUUUUUUCCCCCUGCACAUAUAGACUAUGUAUGCCUCUUGCCCCUUACCUCCUGUGCACCCACCACAAAAUGGCAUGUACACAAAUAUUGCCCUCCUCUCAGCCUCUCUCUGUUUCACAAUAGUUCAGUUCUCUAUCCUGUGGAUCUAUGCAGAAGCCCAUUCCUUUUUUGGUUGUAAAUACGUUCCCUAGUAUGCUGAACAAUGUAUGUCUUUGCGUCCAGGUUUCCUUGUGUAUUUUAGUUCACGUCAUGCUGUUACUUUCUUCUUUCUCUUCUUCUUCUUCUAUUUUUAUUUUUUGAUUUGGAGCGUCCGAAAUCAUUGAUGUUAAAAGAGAAUGUGGUGAGGUUUAACCAAUAGACUCGUCCUCAGCUUCGCAACCUUAUUGUGAAAGGUUGUGGCUCUGUGUGUGUGAAAGAUUUAUGAUUAUAGAAAUGAAAAAGGUUUAAAGUCAUAUAGAAGUAUCAUUGCGAUUAUGAUUAUUAUGAUUACUAUUAUACUACCAGUAUAUUGUAAUAUUAUAGAUGCUUUAGUUCAAGUAACUUCUUUAAUUUUUUUACAAACAACUUUGAUGAAAUGAUUUAUAAAAGUCUCACAAGUCAUGAUCUUUUCAAAAAGUAUGAAAACUACUGCUACAAUGAUUAAAAUUGUGUUCUGAUGAAAAUAAAUACAGACAUAUAA